AUGGGAGAUUUACCAGAGUACCGAGUGACACCCACUAAACCAUUCACCUUAUGCGGUAUUGACUACGCAGGGCCGUAUCUGAUGAAAGAUGAGCGCGAAGAAAUCGGGGACUCGAAACCGUCCCAGUUUUUGCGCCGAUUAAGAGCUUUAGCAGAGUCUACAGUUUUCGAUUCGCUCCUACGUACACUGUGGCUAGUGCGCCUGCCAUCUUGUGUACAGGCAAUCCUCGCGACACAAAAGAAUGUCGCGUUGGACGAUGUCGCGGAGCUGGCCGACGCAGUUAUGGAGACAGUAAUGCCUGACACAGCGCUCCAGGAGAUGGCCAGAUCAAGUUCAGAAGACGACAGACUGAAACUCAUUGAGCAACAGUUAGUGGAGAUGUCGCAGGCAAUGACGAAGCUAUUCACGAAUAGUGAACCACGGCGACCGACGACGAGAACACCCAGAUCGCGUUCGCAAGACCACUCGCGAAGCCGUGACAGUAACAGUGCAUGGAAAGAAGACAUUCAAGCUACCGCGGCCGAGAUGGUGUACGGACAACAUCUACGCCUACCCGGAGAAUUUCUUCAUUCCCGCAGGACAGACGAAGAGCUCAGCACCGAAGCGAAUUUUGUUAAGGACCUCAGACGUCAUAUGGAAAGCUUACGUCCGGCCGCAGUUAAACGCCAUGGCGACAAGACGCCAUUCGUUUUUAAAGACUUGGCAACAGCGACACAUGUGUUUGUGCGUGCGGACGGCGUUAAAACACAACUACAGAACCCAUAUGAUGGUCCGUUUACAGUGAUUAAACGCGACGACAAAACAUUCACGGUGCUAGUACGUGGUCGUGAAGUUAAAGUGUCCAUAGACAGAGUCAAACCGGCGUAUUGUUUGAAUGAUGCGACAGAUACCAGGAACGAGAACAAUAGCCUUCCAUCAACUUCUGCCCCAUUAUCCGUGCCAACCACACCCAAGGCAAUUACCACUAGGUCCGGCAGAAGGGUCCGUUUCCCUGACCGGCUGCAAAUUCCGUGA